AUGGGGACUAAAAAUAUGUCCCACGCUGGAUAUAUUCAACGUAAACUCUUCAUUGGAAGUCUCGGGUUUCAAACUACAUCGGAGACUCUACAUUGUAUUUUUUCUGCCUAUGGUGAUAUGGAAGAGGCUGUCGUGACUAGGGAUAAAUCCGGUAUGAGCAAAGAGUAUGGUUUUGUAAUUUUUAAAAAUGUAAGAAACGCUAUAAUCGCAGUGAAAGAGCCAUACAAAAUUAUUGAUGGUAAAAUGACGAUUACUAAAGUUGCUAAAUCGAGAAUUAGAGAGGCAGAUAAUGAGCAUCUACGUACGAUUCAUGUGUCUAACGUGCCACAUGACAUGUUUCCUGGUAAAUUGUUUGAGUUCUUCUCGUCUUAUGGCGUGAUAGAAAAGGGUCCAUUUGGGUUCGAUAAGGAAACAGGAAAAUCAAAAGGGUACGCGAUUUUCGUGUACAAAACACUGGAAAGUGCAAAAACAGCAAUAUAUCAACCUAACAAGUGUGUUGAUGGACACUAUAUGACUUGUUCAAUUGCCAUCCCGAGGACAAAGGAAACCCCGCGUGUUGGUCCGAAUUUAAAAUUCAAAUCUGGACCCGGUUUUCUUGACCGUUACAAUAAUGUAAGUUCAAGGUUCGAUGAUUGUGGCUCGAGGCCAGUAGUGUCACAAGUUGGCACUCAGUAUGCACCUUUUAAUGGCAACAAUGGGCAAAUGUAUUCACAAAAAUAUGAUUAUGGGCAUGUUUCUAAUGGUAACAUUCAUGGGGACUUUUCAACACCAUCAGUUAUUGGGCUUAACCACAUGGGCUCUUCUGGGCUUUGUUCUAAUAUGGGCCAUGCAGAUUACAACAUUUGGGCCUCAGGUUUUCCAAGGCCCAAACCAUUAUGGUUUUGA